AUGACUACUAAAAAAAUUGAUAAAGAAUUAAAUUUUAGAAGUUAUGUUGAUAAGAACUUUAUUAAGUAUGAUUUUAUGUAUCAUCCUAUUAUUUAUACUAAUAAAAUGAGACAUUACGGAAUUAAGAUAAAAGGUAGGUUAUUUCUAAGUUAUGUAGAGGUAUUAUAUUUAUUUGUUGAGGAAAAUAUAACUUUUGAUAACAGAAGAAAGUUAGUUAAUUACUUAAAUGACAGUCGUCUAUUAAUUUAUUUUAAACUUAAAGAAAAUUCUUUUAAUGUUUUACAGUUAAAUAAUGAUUUAUUAGUUUUUAAUAAAACUAAAGAUUUUAAUAGAAAUACAACACUACCUAUUUAUAAGUUGUUAGUCAAAAAAAGAAUUGACAGAUUUGAUUUUAAUAUUAAAAAAAAUACUUUAAUCGGGGUAACAAGUGAAUCACAGGUGGUGUUUAUAACUGUUACUCCUAUCACACUUUCGUUUAUUAAGAAUGUUAAAACUAAUAAAAAGAACUAA